CGAAAAUUAGGAGGGAAAAAAGUCGUCGACUCGUAUCAUCAUCAUCAUCACCCUUCCACCGUUCACAGCUUCCAAUUGCCGCAAUCUCCGGGUUUUGACCAGGUCUAAACGAAACUGAUGCUGUCAGUCUCCUUGAAGAUUCUUUUUCUCCUCCAUUGACACCCCUUUGGAGCAUUACCGGAGCCAUGCAGCUCCGUUCGGGAGCAGCGGCAGUGCUGCGCAGCACCUCGUCGAUAACGUCACGAUCCCUCCUCUCUUCGCCUGCCUCACGAUGCGCGCAAUGUCGGCGAAUCGCCCCUCUCGACCUCCGGUUACCUCUGACCAGCGCGCUGUACCAUUCCUCAUCAAGACGAUCCUCUGCUUGGGGUGCUGCCGUGUCCGUCGCAUCCAACAUGGCCGCUAACGCAGUCAACCGCGUUAUCCCCAAGGGUGACAUGCACAUCGAUCCGCUGCGGACGGUGGCUAAGGAGAUGAAGUUUUUGACGGGCAACAUUCGAAAGCUUCUGGGUUCCGGCCAUCCUUCGCUGGACCGGGUUGCCAAGUACUACACACAGGCCGAGGGCAAGCACAUGCGGCCCCUUAUCGUCCUGCUCAUGUCGAGAGCCACCGCGCUGUGCCCCAAGGGUCCUCGACUGCACUCGGGCCAGGCCAUUGGCGGCGUUGACACGGCGAUAUCCCCUCCCAAUAUCCUCGUCGACGUCAACCCGAGCUCGCCCCUCACGAGUGCUGCGCCCGAGCCAGCCGAGGUCGACUCUGACAUCCUCCCUUCCCAACGACGCCUCGCCGAGAUCACCGAGCUGAUCCACACGGCAUCGCUUCUUCACGACGAUGUCAUCGACCACUCCGUAUCGCGCCGCGGAUCUCCAUCGGCGAACCUCGAGUUCGGCAACAAGAUGGCCGUCCUGGCUGGCGACUUCCUCUUGGGCCGCGCAUCCGUUGCCCUGGCUCGUUUGCGCAACUCCGAGGUCAUUGAGCUACUCGCCACGGUCAUCGCCAACCUUGUCGAGGGCGAGUUUAUGCAGCUCAAGAACACCGAGCAGGAUGAGCGAAGGCCCGUGUGGUCGGAGGAGACGCUGACCUACUAUCUCCAAAAGACGUACCUGAAGACGGCCAGCUUGAUUUCCAAAUCGUGCCGGGCCUCGGCAAUCCUCGGUGGGUCCGAUGCCGCUUCGGUCGAGGCGGCGUACGCCUACGGUAAGAACCUGGGUCUCGCAUUCCAGCUGGUCGACGACAUGCUCGACUACACAAGGAGCGAGAAGGAGCUGGGCAAGCCAGCCGGAGCCGACCUAGAGCUGGGUCUCGCGACGGCCCCGCUACUGUUUGCGUGGAAGACAAUGCCGGAGUUGGGUGCGCUCGUUGGCCGGAAGUUUGAGCAGGAGGGCGACGUGGCAAGGGCACGCGAGCUGGUCCUCCAGAGCGACGGUAUCGAGCAGACAAGGGCACUGGCCCAGGAUUACUCGGAGCGGGCCAUCGCAGCCAUCAGCGAGUUCCCCGACAGCGAGGCCAAGGACGGGCUUGUUGAAAUGGCCGUCAAAGCGUUGAAGAGGACAAAGUAAUCAAACUGGGCGGCAAUGGCCGACCACCACCAUGCCAUCCAUACCUGUACAAAACGAAGGAGAAACUAAACGAGGGAUGCACGCAUUAUGGUAUGUGCAUUCGACACACCCUGUAUAACAGACCAUUGGGCUCUUUACAGAGUACAUGUAACGAUAUUACACAUCUAGACGGCGGCGUGGGGGGAAGAGGAACGGGAACCAAUGAGGUAGAAUUGGCCACAAACCUUCAGCUCAAUAGCAUACAUAACUUGCUUUUCUUGAUACAGGAACUGGCACGGGGGGGUGAGUGUUGAAGACGGAGGAGCAAAGAGCAAGCAAGAUUCGUGCUUGGGUUCUGUCGACGUGCAGGCGUCGGGUGCAAUCCCAUCUGUCAUCCAAGCCAUCGGCAGAAGCAAGCUGCACAGGCGAUUGGUGGCAUGGGAAUCUUUUACUCGAUCGAAACAAGGGCAAGAAGGAACUCUAAAAUCCGAUCCGCAACAUCACGUC